AUGUCUGUAUCACCCCCUGUAUCUGUGGUGGCCCCUGCUGCUGCUGCGGCGGCUGCUGCUGCUGCUGCUGCUGCUGCUGCUGCUGCUGCUGCUGCUGCUGCUACGGAGGAUGAGGAGGAGAGCGAGGACGAGUCUGAGAUCCUGGAAGAGAGCCCCUGUGGGCGCUGGCAGAAGCGCAGAGAGGAGGUAAACCAGCGCAACGUCCCUGGGAUUGAUAAUGCUUAUUUGGCCAUGGACACUGAAGAGGGUGUUGAGGUGGUGUGGAAUGAAGUCAUGUUUUCAGAAAGGAAGAACUUCAAACUGCAGGAGGAAAAGGUGAAAGCAGUCUUUGACAACUUGAUCCAGCUGGAUCAUCUGAACAUUGUGAAGUUUCAUAAGUACUGGGCCGACGUCAAAGAGAACCGGGCCAGGGUCAUCUUUAUCACAGAGUACAUGUCAUCUGGAAGUCUGAAGCAGUUCUUGAAAAAAACCAAGAAAAACCACAAAACAAUGAACGAAAAGGCCUGGAAACGCUGGUGCAUCCAGAUACUGUCGGCACUCAGUUACCUUCACUCAUGCGAGCCUCCCAUCAUCCAUGGCAACCUGACAUGUGACACCAUCUUCAUCCAACACAAUGGGCUCAUCAAGAUCGGAUCAGUGGCCCCAGACACCAUCAACAACCAUGUGAAAACCUGUAGAGAAGAGCAGAAGAGCCUUCACUUCUUUGCUCCAGAGUAUGGAGCUGUUGCCAGUGUGACCACAGCUGUGGAUAUCUACUCCUUUGGAAUGUGUGCUUUAGAGAUGGCUGUGUUGGAGAUCCAAAGUAAUGGAGACUCUUCAUAUGUUUCUCAAGAGGCCAUUAACAAUGCAAUCCAGAGCCUGGAGGACCCUCUGCAGCGGGAGUUCAUCCAGAAAUGUCUUGAAGUGGACCCUUGCAGGAGACCAACAGCCCAAGAGCUGCUCUUCCACCCUGCACUGUUCGAAGUGCCCUUACUGAAACUCCUGGCAGCACAUUGCAUCGUGGGCCACCAACACAUGAUAGCUGAGAAUGCACUAGAGGAAAUGACCAAAAACAUGGAUCCAAACCUCGUGAUUGUUGAAGCCAAGGAAGGAGUCCAGAUGAGCCUCUCCCAGUUUCCUGCACUUGAAUUGGACAAGUUUCUAGAAGAUGUGAGGAAUGGCAUCUAUCCACUAACGGCCUUCGGCAUGCCCUGUCCACAGCAGCCUCAGCGAGAGGCUGUAAAGUCUCCCAUAGUCCCUCCAUCUGUGAAGACCCCCACCCCUGAGCCUGCGGAGAUGGAGACAAGAAAGGUGCUCCAGAUGCAGUGUAAUAUUGAGCCGGUGGAUGAAGGCACGAAGCAUCACCUGACGUUGUUGUUGAAACUGGAAGAUAAACUAAACAGGCAUCUAAGCUGUGACCUGUUACCAAAUGAGAAUGUGCAGGAGUUGGCUGUGGAGCUCUUUCAGCUGGGUUUCAUCAGUGAGGGGGAUCCGCCUAAACUGGCAUCAGUUCUUGAGGAGGCCUUUUCAAAGUUCUACAGCAGAAAUGGCUCUCUCAACCCUUGUUUUAUUGUAUGGGUUGUGGGGUGGGGGGGGGGGGGGAGGAGGGUUUUGGGUGGGGGGGGGGGGGGGGGUUGGGGGGGGGGGGGGGGGGGGGGUGUGUGGGGGGGGGGGGGUGGGGGUGGGGGUGGGGGGGGUGUGUUUUAUUUUAUUUAA